ACUAUCCCGGAGAUUUGAUUCAUCUAUAAUCAGAGGCACGAUUUCAAUCGUUUUUCAGAUGUCUUUGCAUCUUGGAAAUCUUUCCUCUAGAGUCCGUAGAGACGAGCUUGAACGUGUUUUCCGAAGGUUUGGCCGGUGUAGUAUACAAGUGAGGGAUAAAUUUGGUUUUGUAGUUUAUGAUUAUCCUGUGAAUGCUGAGAGAGCUCUUAAAACGCUUCGGGGAAAGAAGAUAUGUGGUGAGCUGUUAAUACUUUCGUGGUCAAACAGGCAGCCGAGGCCAGUGCCCAGAGUUAGAGGUGGGAAAUCAUACGUUUCUCGGCAGGGAAGGAACUCCCGAAAAGAAAAUUAUGUUAAGGGGAAAUUGUCAUCAGAUGGUCGACAGGAUUCUAGGAUGGGUUAUAAGCAACCAGAUACAGUUGGUAGAAUAUUUAGUCCAGCAGAUGAACCUGAAGAUGCAACAAAUUGUGAUCCAGACAAUGCUGAAACUUAUGGUAUGAAGGAAGAAUUGGCAGAUACUGGUGUAGGUCCAAGUGAGAACUUCUUGGAAAAUGAUAGAUGGGAAGAGCAGAUCGAUGACCCACCAAAUGCAAAUGAAUUGGAAGAUGUUUCAGAGUUUGACCGUUAUGAACCUUACGGUGACGAGGACAAAAGGGAUGAUGAUGAAAUCAAUCAUGAUGUUCAUCAAGGUGGCUCGCCUACGGUAGAAGUCGUCCCUAAAAGAAAAGGGGUUGUGCAAAUGCGAGAAUUGGGUCAGCAGGGAUGUUAUAACUGUGGAGAAUUGGGCCAUAAAAUGCGAAACUGUCCUCAAGAAAGAGCAUCCAAGAAGAAGCUCAACAGGUUUGACCAUAAACGAAAUGAUAAAAGCAAUUACAUCGGUAAAGGUGAAGAUGAAUUGAGAAGGAUCAAAUCUGACUCACGAGGAAGGGAGCGACCCAGUAGAAAUGCUGUAACCAUAAGGUCACAUAAGGGCAGUAGAGAGGUGCCUAGUUAUCGGAAGCAUCAUCGGACUGAUUGUUCUCCUGCAGAUAAUGGAAUCAAUAACGAGAGAAUUAAACGGACAAGGGAAAGUGAAAGUCCAGAAAGGCAUCGUGCAAGGAAAUCAAGGAGGCCGAACUCAAGUCCCAUCUAUUCAGAUGGCAAGUUGUCUAGAUCCAAGUCAUGCUCAAAAUACUCACAGCCCACCACUAGGUUUGCUUCAAACUUGAAUUUAAAAUCUCGUUCUAUGGCUUCUUCUUCUUCUUCUUCUUCUUCUUCUUCUUCUUCGACUUUCAGUUCGAGAUCACAGAGUCAUAGAUCAAGAAAUCACAGGUCGAGGUCGAGAUCGAGAUCAGGUUCUAGGUCCCGUUCAAGCUCUCAUGCAUCCUUGUAUGUAUCCACAUCGUCUGUCCGGUCUUCAACACCUUCUUUGACAAAGGCUGCUAGUGCUCCACAGAAGGAAGUAGAUACAGGUUUUGAAAAUCCUAAACUUGAUACCAUGGAUACAAACCAUAUUCAAAAGUGUGAAGAAGAUACCCAUUUGGAUGAUGGUGUUACUGAGUCGAUUCGGUCCCCAACUAGUCAGAGAGGAACUCCGGAUCUCAAAGAAGAGCGAGUGACAGCAAUGGUGAAUCAUGAAUCAGAAGACGAUUCAAGAUCCGAGAAGAGGAGUAGUAAGUCGAUGAUCAUAACGUCAGAAGAGAUGUUGAUGGUGAUAAAACACUAUGGGUUGAAGCAAGAUGAAAGAACUGAUGAUAAGGAGUCGUAUUUCGGUUGUGGCCGGUUGUGGCCGUGGGAGGUAAUAUAUUAUAGGAGGCUUAAAAAGGGUGCGAUUUCAACAGAGAACUAUGCACGGAGGAUUUCGCAGAAUCGAGAGUUCGGCAUUGUUGAUAAGUAUGUGAGAAGCAGCAGCGGAUGGGGAGAAGAAGUUGAUAAAAGCUUGCAUUCAGCAUAAAGCUUGUUUAGCAGGUUAACAUGUGUUUUUGAUACUUGAUGUUUGCUAUAUGUUCUAACGUGCUUUUUGGUAGGGAGAUUGAAUAUAUGAUUACUCUUAAUACCAUUCAGUAGUAUUUUUGAAAA